CUAGCAACUCAUCGCGAUUUGUUCAAACCAAGAGGCCUAAAUUUCUGGCUCCUUUCAUUUUCAAAAUUUCUUAAUUUUUUUCCGAGUUUAUAAUUAUACUUCGUAUUUUCUAAUUAUGAAUCAUUCCUUUGAAUUUCAACCUUAAAAUCCUCGAAUUUCCUCUAAAUCAAUGGACAUUGUGACUGGAGAUCGGUACCUUGAGUACCUAGUAAAAUUCGUACAAAAAAACGCAGGCGGAUUAAUCGACGGAACCCUAAUUCUGAAGCUCAAUCCAGUUGGUCUUCACUACGUUCAAUCCAGAUUAGAAGCGCUACGCGAACUGGAGGGAUUGAUUGCCGGAGCUCCGGUUGAUUAUCUUCGAGCUUACGUUUCCGAUCUCGGCGAUCACCGGGCUUUGGAGCAGCUCCGUCGUAUUCUAUGCCGUCUUUCGUCCUUGAAGAUUGUAUCUGUAUUGUCUCCACCUUCAAGGGAUCCAACGCCUUUGUCGUUACUUGCUUUUGGGAGAUUGAAGGUUUUGGAGCUCCGUGGUUGUGAUCUUUCUACUUCAACUGCUAAAGGAUUGCUUGAACUGAGACAUACUUUGGAGAAACUUAUUUGUCAUAAUUCCACUGAUGCUUUACGUCAUGUGUUUGCUAGUAGAAUUGCUGACAUAAAAGAAUCAGCCCAAUGGAACCGGUUAUCGCUUGUAUCCUGUGCAUGUAAUGGUUUGAUUCUUAUGGAUGAGUCAUUACAGCUUCUUCCAGCUGUUGAAACCCUUGACCUUAGUCGAAACAAGUUUGCAAAAGUUGAUAAUCUACGGAAGUGUACGAGAUUGACACACCUGGAUCUGGGAUUUAAUCAACUUCGAUCAGUUGCAUCAUUUAGUGAGGUCACAUGCCAUAUAUUAAAACUUGUUUUGAGGAGUAAUGCAUUGUCUACUUUACGAGGGAUCGAGAAUUUGAAAUCUUUAGACGGACUUGAUGUCUCUUACAACAUCAUCUCUAACUAUGGGGAGCUAGAGGUCCUUUCAGGCCUUCCUUCUCUGAAAAACAUUUGGCUUGAAGGAAAUCCUCUCUGUUGUGCACGAUGGUAUCGGCCACAAGUUUUCAGCUAUUUCCUUCAUCCUGAACAAGUAAAAUUAGAUGACAAAGAAAUGAGCACAAAAGAGUUUUGGAAGAGGCAGAUAAUAAUUGCAAGGAGGCAGAGACGGCCAGCAAGCUAUGGAUUUUACUUUCCUGCUAGGGAAGAAAAUGAAGUGGGAAGACUUAUAAAUGGAAAAACGAAGAAACUCUCUCGCCUUGCAUGCAUUGAAAGUGAAGAGCUUGGGAUGAACAUGAUCUUUGAGCAAGAUUCAUUGUCCUGUGAUAAUGAUAUGCAUGGUGGAGAGGAGGAUGUUUCCGAUAAAGAAGGUGAACUAAGUAGUUUGAUUAACAGAAUUGAGUCUAUGAAGAAAGAACGUCCUAAGCCAUUGUUGGAGGAAUUCAAGGAUUUGAUGGAUCAGGGAUCUGAGAAUGGGGUUGAUGAAAUAAAGAAUAGCCAUGCUGCUCUGGCUUUUGGUAACAGCAAUUUCAGAGACACGUCUAGCUGGAGGCAUAUUGGAGAGAGUUCAAGAUACAUGGAAUACGAAUCAGACUCGAUCAUAAAUUCAGAAGAUGAUAGGGGUACAAAUGCUAAGGAAACUAAUAGCUCCCUUGCUAGUUCUUCUGCUGGCAAUUAUGGUUAUCAAUGGCUUCAUUCUGCUGCUGAAAAUGGGGAAUCAAAGCCUCGAAUAUUUACAAGUGCUUUAGAUGAAGAUCUUUUGAAGUUCUAUUUUCCUCAAGGGAAAAAGUUUCUACAAAUAGCAGAUUUUAACUCUGCUACAUCUGGUACCGAUGUUCUUGAUGGUGAUGAGUUAAACGCUGGUGUCAAUAGUACACAGUUGACUUCCAUCAAUAGCAUUAAGGAUGUAACAACCUCCUCUGGACCUCCAGUAUCACCUCCACACUAUGAAGAGGAUAUUCUCUGUCGCCGCCACUACUUGGAGGAAGAAUUUUUUCAGGUGUCUGCUGAGUCCUUAUCUGCCGCUUCCUCUGACAGCAAUACUAGCUGUGAUGAAGAGGAUGGACGCGAAAGUAUGCCGCUAUUCCCCGAAACUGAAAAUAUUAUUGGUGAAGACGGAUCAACUCGAGAUAUCAAUGGGAGAUUUGCCUCCCUCUUAACCAAGGGUGAUGAUGUACUUCAUGUUCCUGAGGUAGGACAAGGGUGGGGUUCACGAGAUUUCUCCGUGCAGCAGUCCACCAGGAAACUUGGUGGGAAUGAUUGUUCUUUGGAGUUGUGCUGUGGUAAUGAACCUCUUGUUGGGAAAAAUGAUGAAGAUGCUAUCUCUUCCAAAAAGAAAGAUGCUGAAUGUCACGAAAAGAAAAACCCUAAAAGGAAACCAAAAAAAAGAGUUGUUUCACUGUCAGAUAGCUUUAGUUCUUGCGAAAAUGAUAUAAAAGAUGGACAACAGAAGCAAACUGUGAACGAUAUGUGUUGCAUAGGAAGUGCUUGUGGAAAGGUGAACUCAGUACCUAUGCAUCAUGAGUCUGGUGGAGUCCUAGCUAAAUCAAAGCAUGCAGUUUUGAAAGCUGGUGACCACAUUGAAGAUUACUUCAAUUCACUAGUUGCAGAUACUACCAUUCCCGAGACUUGCAAGCAGUACAUUAUCUGCAAUGGCGUAGUUGGGAGGAAGCCCAUGUGGAGCGAAAGUUUAUUUUGGCAACUGGCCAACUGCAGACAGGUAGCUGUUGUGCUAAGCAGUGAAUGGAAGUUGUAUGUGAUUCUUCUUGAUGGCAUGCUUGAUGGGUCAGGUGAUAACGUGAGUCUAUUGAUUUCACACAAGGUUGAAGACGUGAGCGAGGUGUUGAUUGGGCUGGGACUUCUGGUUAUUUGGGUUUAUAUUGAUGAGGAUACAUCGUAUCUGUUGAUUACAAGAUGCAAGGAGAAAACAAUGCAUUUACUUUUCAUGAUAGGAUUAAUUUCACGUGGAGAAAUAAAUAAAUGUUCUGUUAGGAGUUUGGAUCAGCUGCAGCUGAACUUGUUCGAUAGACAAAUAGGUGGAAGCUCAGGAAUCAGCAUUUAUCAAUAUUGUAUGGUGCUUUUCUGGCACAAUAUUAAGAGAGAAGAGGAUUGGGUAUGCAGAUCACUUUUUGUUAUUGGGGGACAUCUAGUUGUAUGCAUUGAGGAUUUUUUCCACUUCAGCUCACUUUCAGAACAUGCAGAUGCUGCCUCGUAUUUCUUGCUCGAUACUUGCUGCUCAAUUGCUAAUGUGUCUGAGAUGGUCAUUGAAACCAAAGAGAACCUGUAUGCGACCUUGACUCUUAGAGAAGACUCCACAGUAUCCUGUCUUUCACCUAUAUUUGACAAUAUGAAAUUAAGAGCUGGAUAUCAGAAUGGAAGUAUGGUUUCCGGAGCUAAGAAAUGGAAGAUGAAGUGGUUUUCUGCAGAAAGUUUAAGCAAGUUUGUUACGUUGGUGAAGGCAAUUCACAGAGGAAUGACUAUCAAAUCUGUCCAUAACCUAUAGUUCAUAGGUGGUAGAUUUUCUUCAUUUUGUUUCCCUCCCUCAUUUAAUUCAAAUAUUUCCAUAGGAUGUGUUCUUUUCAUGUGAAUAAGCGAGUUGCUUAAGAGAUUAACAAGUGCUUACUUCUCUUUUACUUUUGCCUGUUAUAUAAUGUGUAAGUAAAGAAUAAAGAAGGAAAAAGAAGUAUUGGGAAAUGAUUUGUGACUGAGUAAAUAUUAUCGUUUCUCUAGUUUAGAGAUGUCGAUUUUGUUUC